UUUAAAAACAAACCCACACAUAUUCCCCCAUUCCUCCUCAGAUUCCAACACCCUCUUCCUCUCACUAUUCCAAAACCCACAUCCAUACUCUGCUUUUCCCCCUCUCUUCACAUCUCCAGCCAUGUCUCUCACCCGCCUCUCUUCCUCUUCACCCCCAUCAUCAAAACUCUUCCACAAACCGAUCCACCAUCGAAACGACUCCGACGAGCUCGAUGUAUUCGAAGCCGCCAAGUACUUCUCCGGUUACAACGAACCCAUUCGCCACCACUACACCACAAGCAAAAACAGAGCAUCCUCUGUUUCCCGAAGAAUGAGCCUAGACACGUCAAUGUCAAACAUAAACGACCACCAACAGCAAAUCCUGAAGGAAAAGACCUUCGUCAACAGAAACGGGAAGCCAUAUAAGCAGCCGAGCUCGCCAGGAGGGAGGCUAGCGAGCUUUCUAAACACUCUGUUUCACCAAGCGGCAGGGGGUUCCAAGAAGAAGAACAAGAAGAAGCAGCCACCCAAAUUGACGGAGGAAGAAGACGAGAUCAGCCCAUGUGGGCGGAAGCGGAGGAGCAGCAUUAGCUAUUUCUCCAGAUCAUUUGCUGAUACGAAAUCAUGGUACUCUGCUACAUCGUCGAAAUCGGAGUUCAGGAGGAGUCCUCCGCCGCUCUGCACUCCGACCAAGGCCGGGUUCAGAACCGUGGUUUGCGGUUUGAAUCAGAAACCGGUUUCGGGCAGGGAUUCGUGGUGUUUGGAUGAGAAGGUGGCUAAGCUUAGCAGCAACGAUGGGUUGUUGUUGACUGGUUGUGAGGAAUCGAAGGUGGAUGAUGAUGGAGGUGAGAGUGAUGCCAGUUCUGAUUUGUUUGAGCUGCAGAACUAUGAUUUGGAUGCUUACUCUAGUGGUCUGCCUGUUUAUGAAACGACGGAUGUGGGUAGCAUCACAAGUGGGAAAUAGUAACCAUAUGAAGGAUAUGUGAGGAUUAGUUUAAUUAAUAAAUCAAUUAAUCAUUUUGGGAAUCUGAUCUUUGUACAUUGUGGUUCUUUCUCCCUUCUAAUUCCUCACAAAUUUUGUUUCUUUGUUGUUUUUUUUGUUGUUUUUACUGUUUAGAAGCUAUGAUAAGAAAGAAUUGGAAUUAUG